AUGCUGGUCUCGUUGACCGUCGGCAAGGUCGAUGCCGGCGUCGCCGUGCUGCUGACCGAGGACAAACGCCUGAUUGAAUUUCCCUCGAUUCUGCUACCGCCCGACAUCUCCUCUGGCAGCAUUGUCGACAUUACCGUCGCCCGCAACCACCAGUCCGAGCAGGCCGCCCAGCAGGCUUUCCAGAAGUUGCAGUCCAAAAUUUACCAGACAUUCGGCACCCGCACCCCCGAGCCGCCCAUCCUCCGCUGCCGCAAUGCCACCCAGACGUCUGUCGUGCUCGAGUGGGAUCCCAUCCAGCUGGCCACGGCCGAGCUGCGCAGCCUGAGCCUGUACCGCAACGGCAGCAAGGCCGGCAGCAUCCCGCGGCCCAAGGACAUUCAGAGCACAAAGAUAUCCGGCCUGGCUGUCGACACCGAGUAUGUUUUCCACCUGGUCUUGCGCACCUCGGCUGGCACCUUCAGCAGCGAACGUCUGGCCGUGCGCACCCACAAGAUGACAGAUUUGUCCGGCAUCACCAUCACUCCGGGCAUCAUGCCCGCCCAGCUCAGGGAGAGCCUGACCGAGACGGCCGAACGCGUCGGCGCAAAGAUGAUCGACCAGGUGCGCAUCGACACCACCCACUUCGUCUGCACAGAGGGCCGCGGUCCGCUUUGGGAGAAGGCCGUGGAGAUGAACAUUCCCGUCGUCGUGCCGGAUUGGGUCAAGGGCUGCGAGCGCGAGGGUCGCAUCGUCGGCGUGCGCCAAUACUACAUAAACGCAGACCCCCGCCUGCGGCAGAUGGGCCCGCCGUCUGGCCAGCACCAGAACUUGCCCAGCCACGGUCGGAGUCAGAGCAUGGCGCAGGCCAGCUCGAGGCCCACUCCGAUGCCCAGCCCGCGCACCGAGAUCACGCCUCCAACGCCCGAGCAAGUCCGCAAAGAACCCCCGAAUGGUGCAGUCGCUCACGCAGCAGCUUCUCCGUUGCAACAACCACCCGAAGAACCCGCCCACGAAGACCAGCCUCCGCCCCCGCCGCCAAAGGAAGACGGCAAGAGCCCGUCGCCGGAACCCGGCAGCGGCAGCGGCAGCGGCAGCGGCAGCGGCAGCAGCAACGAUGGCGGCCCCGUGGAAGAGCCGACGAACGGGGAAGGCGAGCUCACGCCCGAGGCGCCACGUCAUGCCGACGCGAGCGGAGACGAGUCGGACGGCAACACAGAGACGCCCGACGGCGGCGAUGAGAAGCGGCUGGAAGCCGGGGCUCCCCCGAGCGAGGCUGGUGCGAGUCCGAGUGUAGCCAGUUUUCAGGACGUCGCGUUGUGA